UAUUUGAUAGUUAACCAGUCAUAAGACAUCCUGUAAACACACUAAUUUUUAACCGCAGUACCAGUCGUACAAAUCUCUUAAAACCUAGAAACCGCAACCGCCCGCAUCCAUAAACUCUCACAACCGCAACCGCUGCGUUUGAACCAGUCAGGCCAUAAAUGGACAACCACAAAAGGAGAUGGCGUCAGAAAUAGGCAUAUAAUGUGCUGCUAUUUUUUUUUUUGUAAACUAUAUAAUGUGCUGCUAUUGAAUGCUUGUUAGAUUAUAAAUUAUCUUAUGGUUCUUUAUUUAUAAUUGUUUUAGUAUUAAAAUUAGACACAUGACGUAUUUACUUUAUGAUCUUAAAAUGUUUGAAUGCCUUUUAAAAAAAAUGUUCUAAAAUUUUGAAAGAAUUAUAUAUUUGAAAGAACUGUAAUGUCUUUAACGAACAGACUUGUUGUUAUUGCAAUUUAGGAACUUAUCAAAAUCUAUUUGAAUGUAUGUUUAAAAGCUAAUUUUUUAAGGAAGUUAGUAAUUAUAUAAUUCUAUAAGACAAAUGUGUUGUAUGUGGAUAACUCUAUCAUUGUGCAUUGAGUUUACGAUGUUGCGUUUUCAUUAUUCCUUAUUAAUUUAUCUUGUUGUCAACAAUGACAAUCCAUGUACCCAACGCUUUAUUAAAUCAUUUACAACCCUGUGUUCUUGGUUAUUUAUAAUGUCUUUAAAAGUAUUCAAAACAACAAACAAUUUUCUUAACAGCAUUAGCUAGUAACUUGUAUAAAUGCUGUAUGUGUAAUCACUGAUCUUUGUCGAUUCGAUCCCGCAUUACUAUUACAUAUUUCAUUAUGCAUUUGUAAUUAGUUGAUCGGACCAAAACCUAAGUGAUACAAUAUAGAAAAGGGUGAAUUGGUUUAAAACCCUUUAAAAUGAAAAUACCUAUGAUGUGACUAGUUUGUGUCUAUGGAGAAAUGUAUCACAUUGUGGGAUUUAGGAUAUUUGGUUAAUUAGGGUAAAAGUCUAGUGGAUGGCGUACAAUUUCCCUAUAGAAAAUCAUAUUUUCCAUGUGACAUCUUGACGAAAGAAGGUGAAAAGCUUUUGUAAAAUCAUCACCAUCGUCGACCAAGUAUGCUUUUCAAUCAUCUUUGAUCAAGCUGAUAAUCCUUUUAGAGAAAACGCAAAACCAAGAUCCAGCAAGCAGCAACUGGAGGGUGAGUAAAGAACUCGGAUGCAUUUGCCAUUUGAAACAAAUCAAAGAAAGAAAUAAGAUUUGUCUAUACUCGGAUUACACCGAAUCAAUAUUUUUUUCUCUCAGGUGGAGUUUAGUGUAAUGUCAAAAUGCGCCCCAUAUUUUUUUUGAAAAAGUUUUUGUUUUCUUAUUUCUUUGCGUCGCCUGAGAUAUUGAACCAAAUGUAACAGAAUUCAAAUGAUUUUACGGAAAUGAACUUUUUUGAUGCAGAGAAUUCGAGUGUAAUGUCAAAUGCGCCAUAGUUUGUGAGUCAUUUUUAUUAUUAUUUGAUUUAUUUUUAUUUUAAUAUAAAUAGCAAAUACAUGAAUAAAUUUGUCUCCUAGGAUCUAAAGGGACAUUUCAACUUGGUAAAGGAUCAAAAGGAACAUUUCAACUUGGUAAAAAAGCAAAUUUUAUUUGCAAAUAAAAAUCUGGUGUGAUUCUAUCUUCUAUUUGCAAACUCAAUGUUUUUCCAAUUUCCAAGUUCUUUUUUUUUUAAGUAAAUGAAGACAAAUAAAUCUAGCGAAGCAUGCAGCAAGCAACAUUAUAUUUUUUUAGAAAUAAACACAACUAGAACUUGACUUGUGUGUCCGCACGAGAUUUAUUUCACUAUUUAUAAGUAAUUGUUUUUAUGUAAAUGGAAAUAUAUAUAUUUAUAAUUUACACUACUGAAAGAUUAUUUAAUAUGACAUUUCUAAAAAUAAAUUUUUUAUUUAUUACCUUAAUUAUUUACUUUAUUCGAACCUUCAUUUAUAUCACACAUAUUUCUUAUCAUAUAAAUUUAUUGCAUUUGAUUUGUAUUGGACUAUUGUUUUUAUGAUAAUAUUAAUAUAUUUACAAAUUAAUUUAUUUUAAUUAUAUAUUUUCAUGUGGAAUUAUAAUCUAGUGUAGUUAAUACCAAAUGAAUAUUUGGAUGCUUUAUGAUUUUGUUAUUAUAUCUUGUAUAUAUUUAAUAUUUUAGUUACUGAAAAUGAAGACAAAACAAAUAUAUUUUUCUAUAAUCGAUUACUUAAGUAUAAAAAGAUAUUUUUUAUAUUUUCGUUUAUGUAGGAACGUAAAUGGAAGAUCCUUUUAGUAAAUAUUGCAUAUGUUUAAAUAAAUCAGUCUUUUGUGAGUUAAUAAUAUCAUUUAGUGGUAAGCUAGAUUAUAAGAAGUAGUUUUGACCAAAAAAAUAAUAACCAGCGAAUAGUGAAAUUAAAAAUAAAUAUAGUUGUAGAAAAAGAUAUGAAGUUUAUUAUUUAAAAUGAAUUAUUUAUGAAAUCAAUUUAGUUAAGCACGAUUUAAAUUAUGUAAUAAAUGCUAAAAAUAUGAUUAAUUAGCAUGUCAAUGGCAUUAGGUGUAAUUAAAUAGUUAAUUUAAAUUUGUAUUUUAGUUUAAACAGCUUAGAUUAUGCCGUCAAAUUAAAUAUUGAUAAAAAAAAUGAAAAACAAUAUGUAAACAAAUAACUAAACAAGCUUGAAUCAUUGCGCUGACUUUUUUGUAGUCGCCACUUUUGUUUUCAAUUGGUCAUCACAUUUUAUAAAUAAAAACGUCGCCUAAAUAUUUAAGUAUGACUAUAAAUUAUGCUGAACUGAUUAAUUUUAAUUUUCUUUUCUAAGCGCUUAAUUCUACCAUAUUUAAGUAGGAAGUUAUUAGUUCAUUUAACAUAUUGUUUUGUAAGCAGUAAGAAUAAUUUAGACAACAAUGACUUUUUUCCUUGUUUAUUAUCUCUUCAUUUUAUUUUAUUUAAAAUUUAAUUAAAUGUUACGAAAUUUUAGUUAAUAAAACUUUCAAAUCUAAAAUAUCUAACCCAUUUAUUCUCCAUACAAACUAAUAAUCCUGUAACUAUGUUUUCCGAUCAAAUUUAUGUCAUAUAUUCGUAAAUUUUUAUUUUUAUAAACUCAUCACAGAUGUUUUAUUAGGAGAUUUUAUGUGCCACACAGAGUGAUAAUAAAUUUAAAAGAGCAUUAUUUUUAAAAGUAAAAAAUUCAUAUUUUAAUAUUUCUAAAAGACUUCUUUAGCUUUUUUAAUAUAGAUAUAAAUAAUUUUUCAUAAGUUAUAUUUCUUUUGACUGAUUAACUUUUAUAAUAUUUUUGGAUUUCGUUAAAAUUGAAGCUAUAAAAAUAAAUUUUCUUUCUUUUAAAUUGUAUUUGUGAUUAUGUUUAUUUUAGUAUGUAUAUAUAUAUAUAUUUAAAUAUAUAAAAUUUAGUUUUUUGAUUUUAGUUAAAAAAUAUUGAAGUAUUAAACUAAUUUAUUAAUUAACUUAAUAAAAUAUAGACUAUAUUUAUAUUGAAGUGAUAUAAAGUAAUUAAUUAAUUAAUUCAAUUAGUUGACUAAAAAUCGUUCAACAAAGAUAGUGAUCACAUACAAAUAAAUUUACUUAUUUGGUAUUUAGUUUUUUUUAUCAUAGAAAUUAAUGAAUUAAAGUAUACCUCGAACACUUAAUUAACAAAUAUACUCACAAUUGUUUUUGAAAGUAUAAAUAUUAUAUAUUUUUGUUUUUCAGUUAUAAGAUAAUGUGAAAAUUUAUAUUUAUAAUAGUGUUAUUAGUUUAAUUUUUUUAUUGAUGAUGAUACGUAUAAAUUAUUUUUAUAUUUUAAGUAUCUUAUCAAAAAUAUAAAAUUUCAUAAAUGAUAUUUUACAAGUCAUAUAGAAAUUAAAACAUAUUUUUAUUUUCACUAAGUCAUGUAAUUUUUAUAAUGAAAAGAGAUAUAGUGAUGACACAUAAUCAAAAUAAAUAAAAAAUCACUUUUCAAAUAAUAUUUAGAAAUUUUAACAUUUAUACUUUUUCCAAAACUCAGAUUACUUCUACAGUUCUACUAACAAUUUUCACCUGAUCAUGUAACUUAAUAAAAUCUUCACCGAUUUGAAUGAAUCAAUGUAAUUUUGCAUUUUUUAAUAUUUUUACAUUUUCAAAUUAUAAAAAAAAUAUAUGUUUUUAGAUACUUUGGUCUAAAACUGUUAACUUUAAACGCUGCAGUCUGCAGAGAUACUUGAGCGGGGAGAAAGAGAAGAAAAAAAAGUAGGACACGUAAGGCAAAAGGAAGCGCACAGAUGUAUGAGUGUGACAUUAGGCAACUGAGUUACACGAAAAAACAAUGUCGGUAAAACAUUUUUUUUAAACAACAAAUCCUCACGUCUCUCUCUAUCUCCAACUCCCAUAUGUCUUCUUGCACUAACCACUUCCUCUGCCUCCAUCUCCUUAUAAAUAUCCUCAUGAGUUCACUCUUUAACAAGAUCACGCCAAUCACAUCAUCACCGCUAACACUUUUUAAUAUGAAGAGACCGAGAGAGGAGAUGAAGGAAGAGGAGACUGACUUAUCAUUGGCUACCGCAGCCAUGGCGGUUGCAACCGCAGCCGCGGUGGCUGAGGAGGAGAAAUUGUGGUGCAGUGGAGUGGUGGAGGAGAUGACGUGGAGCAACGUGUGGUUACCCUUUUGGGACGUUGAGUUUGUUGGAAGAAACUACAGUUUAUUGUUCAGCGAUGUUGCUUGGGAUGAUGAUAUUUGGAACCUCAAGAAUCUAACUCAUUUCUCAUAGUCCUUUUUCUUUAAGAAAAUAAAUAAUCUUAUUUAUAAUUCCUUCUAAAUAAGUUUUCCUUAUAUGAGGUUAAUAUGAAAGUAAUUAUCUAUAUAUUUAAGAAUUAGUCUGUUUAAAAACUAUGUUUAUACCUUAAUAAUAAUAGUGUAUUGUCAAGUUGUUUAUCGCGUUUAUAUAUAUACGCCUUUCAAGAGUGA